UGCUGCCACAUUUGUAAACACGUGUCCGGUGGUGGACAGUAGGAAAACAGUAAAACAUUCACAGUAAAGACAUUACCGGAGCGAAACAGUCGAGUCAAGAUGGCCAAGAGCCUCCGCAGUAAAUGGAAGAGAAAGAUGCGGGCGGAGAAGAGGAAGAAGAACGCCCCCAAGGAGCUGGCGCGGCUGAAACAGGCUCUGAAUCUGGAUAAGAAGGGCGAAGCGGUGAUGACCGACAUGCAGGAGAUCGCCACAGUGGUGCCGGCGGACAAGCUGAAGCAGGCGGAUGUGGAUAUGGUGGAGGAGGAGGGGGACGAUGGAAAGAUGGACAUGGACAGCAAGCGCCACAAGAAAACGCUUCUGAAUGAACACGGACAGUACCCUGUGUGGAUGAGCCAGCGGCAGGCCAAGAAGCUGAAGGGCAAGCGCAUGGCCAAGAAGAACGGCCAGUCCAAGAAGAAGAAGGGCCUCGCCUGGUGAAUCAGGAAAUCUGCAGACUGGCGUUUGACUCGAACUCGUCUUCUUUCACACUUGAACCUUUUUGAGUUUCUUGGAAUGAUUGAAAAAUUCACUGCUGCUUCUUCUGGGACGAGAAACUGAAGGCGUGGCCGUUUAACGCCUCAGAGGUGGAGGAAACACACACAUGCCUAAGAUCACUUCUUUUCUGGGUCAAUAAAUCUCUGUGCUUCGUUUUCAGCGUUUUUGUAUCUCAGAGCUCUGUGAAGCAAUGAAGUGACGUUUGCUUGAACCGCUUCACAAAUGCAAUGAAACAUAUAUACUGAAAGUUAAUGUGAUUUAAUAAAACUUGUGAUACAAACGA